CAAUAUGUUACUGAAGUGUCUUUGUUUGUGUGUGUGCGUAGCCCAGUUAGCGGCAGACGUAGUCCUCGUCACCCACUCAUGGUCCCUCCGGCUGACUGUCACCAUGGCAGCCAACGGCAGUGGUCGCACACACCCGCGAUAUGGGACGCCCCUUUAUCACUGGCAGUCUGCCGCUGAGCAAACGGCAACGCUUCUGUAACCAUGAAAUGUGGUUUGGCUGAAGCUCCGGUCCAGUUCUUCGUGGGACAUGAGGAGGAGGCAGAGGAGGAAGGUGUGGACCUCCACCCCCACCCACCUCAACGGGACUGGCCCAGAGACCCAGACCGCCAACAGAUCCCCGCUGGCGUUUUGUGGUGUUGGUCCUUCCCGACCCCUUAUGCGAGGACACCUGUCGUGGAUUCGUGCGUGGGUCCAACCAUGUCCACCAGACCAAGCAGCCACACGGUGCAGGACCACAAGCAGAGUCCGGGAGGCUCCUUCCCGGCCGAGACGUUCGCCGAAUUCCAGGACUGGUGCCUGAAGACUUACGGGGACUCCGGCAAGACCAAGACCGUCACCCGGCGCAAGUACGGCAAGAUCCUGCAGACCCUCCUGCCGCAGGGGGGCGACGAGACGCGGACCAAGAGACAGGACAAGAAUCACAUUAACGCCAAAUUCAAGUUUUGGGUCAAGUCCAAAGGCUUCCUGGUCCUGCAGGACGACCGGAUCGGAUCCACGGAGAGAACGGUUCUUUACGUCCCAAUCAAGACUACGUGUGCGGAUGCUGCGUCUGGCGGGGACUCGUCCCUCAAACGCGUGGCGGUGGUGGAGGACUUCUUCGACAUCAUCUACACCAUGCACGUGGAGGUCAGCGACCCCGGGAAAGCUCCCAAACACGCCGGGCAGAAGAAGACGUACAAAGCUAUCGCCAAGACGUACGCCUUCCUCCCCAGAGAGGCGGUGACUCGCUUCCUGAUGAGCUGUGGCGAGUGUCAGAAGAGGAUGCAUAUCAGCACCACGCCGCCGGACUGCAAAGAGAGCGACAGGCCCGGCUCAGUGUCGGCCAUUUUGGACUUCAGCGAUCCUGUCAGCGGUGGUGCCACGCCCAUCAUGAAGCAUGCGUCGCUGCGUCGCAUCAACAACAGCAACUCGGAUGACGUCUCAGUGAGCAGCGAAGACGAGCCCGACAUGAGCGAGCCCUCGUGGCUAGCGGCCGACCCGGGAGCGCUGGCCCAGCUGACUCCGGCGGUACGAGGGGACAGGAUGCGCCACAGUCCCAACAACGCCAGCAACAAGGACGAUGACGAUGAUUCCUCGUCAGAGAGCGGCAGCGGCCUGCCUGCCCUCACCCCUCCCUCGUCCGCCGCCACGGACUCUGCCUUAGUCAGAGAAGCUGAGGUUGUCAACGGCAAUUGUGGCCCCGCCCCGCUCGACUUUAGCACGCCCACAUCCUCCUCCUCGUCUUCCGAGGACCAGCAGCCAGUGAACCUGAGAAACCCGCCCCCUCAGAGGCUGCCGCUGAGCACCUCCCACCUGCCCGUCACUGUGUCAGCAGCGGCAGCGGCACUGUUGGGCGCCCUGCAUCCUAAUGCGCAGGAGGAGCUGCGCAGGAAGUACCCACUGGCCGCCAAACCCCCACUAGCACCGCAUCCCGCCUUGCCCAUGCCUCUGACAAACACCCUGCACACUCAUGCCUCACAAGGCAGCGAGCUGCGACUGGACUACGACAACAAGUCACCAGUAUACAGUUCCGGGGGCAGCUACGACAGCGUGAAGAUGGACCUGAGCGCAGAGGACCUGAGCACGAGCCGCCAUGGUGGCCACGUCGCCCCAGAUGACGACGACGACGAUCACGAUGACCACGAUGACAGUGACAAGAUCAACGACACAGAGGGCGUCGACCCCGAGAGGCUGAAGGCCUUUAAUAUGUUUGUGCGUCUGUUUGUGGAUGAGAACCUAGACCGCAUGGUUCCCAUCUCCAAGCAGCCCAAAGAGAAGAUCCAAGCCAUCAUCGAGUCCUGCAGCAGACAAUUCCCUGAAUUCCAGGAGCGCGCCCGAAAGCGUAUCCGCACCUACCUCAAAUCCUGCCGACGCAUGAAGAAGAACGGCAUGGAGACUCGUCCCACGCCGCCCCACCUGACCUCAGCCAUGGCUGAGAACAUUCUGGCUGCCGCCUGCGAGAGCGAAUCACGCAACGCUGCCAAGAGAAUGCGCCUGGAAGCCUUUCAUGACGAGCAGGUCUCUCUGGACAAGCCAUCUAACUGCGGCGGCGGCGGCAGCGCUCUGAGGGAGCCAGCGUCGUUGGCUCACUCCGCCUACUCUCUGGCCGCCUCCGCCUUCUCCGGCCAAGAGCCUCAGCUCUACAUCAACGGAGCUGGCUUAAGCUAUGGUUACCGUGGUUACCUGGGCCUGGGUGCCGCCAUGCAACACCCCAUUUCCUUACCAACCAGCACAGCCGCUCAGAGCAACGGGCCCACGGACCUCAGCAUGAAGUCCUCAGCCAAUAUGACUAGCUCCGCCCCCUCAGCCAACCAUACCCUUGGUGGGCGGGGAGGAGGCGGGGCCUCGGCCCAGCUCAGCCAACCGGAGAUCUCGGCUGUGCGUCAACUGAUCGCCGGCUACCGGGAGUCAGCGGCUUUCCUGCUCCGAUCGGCCGACGAGCUGGAGAACCUCAUCCUGCAGCAGAACUGAAGAGCUCACAGACACGCACGCACGCACACUUUGUUCAAGUUGUGUCUUUUUGUUGUCGGGUUUGAACCUUUCAUCGGGAGAUGCCGCCACACCCGAGACAUUUUUGUGUGGAGGCUGGUGGGCACCUGGACCCUAAGGGCGGGCUUUGGGACCGUGAUGGCGGCCACUAGGACCCUGAUGGCGGCCACUAGGACCCUGGGAGAUGGCGCUAGGACCCUGGAGGAAGACAAGAGGACCUUGAGCCUCCUCCGCUGUUCACAAUCAGCUCAGCCAUUGGAUGCCAUCUUGCCCAGCAAGAUGAUUGGACGUGGUCUUUGCGUGUAUAUAAAUAUAUAAAUACAAGCUCUUUGUCUCUGAUAGCACUUUGCCCCGCCCACUUCACGGCUACGUAGUAUGCAUCCCGGACGCCAUCUUGACCAGACCAGGAAAUACCUCAAUCAUCCACUUCCUGUUCCUGCUGCUGUAAAUAACGGCGAUGAUGAAGAUGUGUGUGCGUGCGAAUUAGCUAACUGUUCAAAGCCCCGCCCUCCUCCUCUUCUUCUUGGACCUUCUCCGCCUUCUUCUUCAUGGACCUAAUGCUAAGGAAGAGGAAGUAGUGACUCGUGACGUUGCUGCUAACAACCACAGACUGACCUCUGACCUGUGGCGCCUGCCGCGACCUCCACUUCAACCAAAAUGAACGCGUACGUUUAGCUUUUUUAUGGAGACUAUUAAUUCCACCUCGCCUUUUGACUUUUCCGUUGUCAACAACAUCUUUGAUGGAUGCUAACAUGAUGCUAGCGUGGUACGGCCUCUCAUUUUACCGCCAGAAGCCACGCCCUCGUCAUUAUGCGAAAUACGCGUGAUGAUUCUUCGGUUCCAACAAUGACAAUAUUUUGCGUUUGACGGUUAGCAUCUAGUUUCACAGAAUUUCUACUUUGAGGAUUUUGAGUGUGACGUUUUAGCGAGUGACAUGGUUACAAAAUGUCCAUCUUUCUUUUCGAAAACAAACAAGCGCUAUCAUGCGAAGGUUGCUAACAGGUUGCUAAUAUUGGAAAUAAGCUCAUUUAGAGGAGGGAAUUCCAAAAAAAUUUUGACGUAUCCAACUGCGAUAUUUACUGACUUAUACUGACUCGUCUGCGGGGUUGAUGUGGAAGGGGCGGGGUUUGCCGAGGCGUUGUCGUUUUUGUUGCAAUGCAGCUGAUAAUCACGUAAGCGUUCCCUCAGCACUACGCCACUAGUGGUCCCAUGUGCUGCGUUAAGACAGAUUUUUUUUUUUUACGGAACGUUCCAGAUUAGAACUGUGAAGAAUGUUAUUGUGGUUCCUUUGUUGAUAAAUAUGCAAAAAGUCAUCCGAGGGCGGAGCUUAGGGGCGGGGCUAUGAUGUCAGCCGAGUUUCACGAGGCUACAGUCAAGUGUUUAUGCUAGCUGUUUAGUUUUGUUCUGUUUUGACCCGGUCUCAGUUGCUGGUUGACGGGACCCGGGUCCACAAGUGGACCUGGUGGUGUGGAGUCCUCAGACCCUUUACUUGGAUUCUUUUCCAAAGACCUCGGAACCUCCCGCGACUUUGCUUUCCGACCUACUUUCCGACCUUAAAGUACUUAGUUUUCCUCAAAGAGAUCAACUGUGAGUCGCCGAGUGCAGAACUCGCAGAACUUCUAAUGUAGAAAAUGACAAUCUUGACAAGGUUGGAAUUUGCUCUUUCGGCCCCCCGACGGUGGGCGGACAGUGUUUUGGGGGCUUUUUCCAUCAAUGUUGCGAUUUGUGUUUUGGGGGGAAUUUGUACGAUGCUCAAGAGUGUGAAACACACAUUCCGGAAUGUUCGCCCGGUCGGCAUCACACAACUCUUGGCUAGCAGUCAGCUGACCUGGUAGACACGACCCCUGCAAAAAAUGUUGCAACCAAGAUGUUGCGUUUAUUUCUCGUCUUCUCAUUUUUCCACUGCAAUGGCUCGACGGCUCUGCCUCAUCCCCCCCACUGCCCCCCCGCCUCAUGAGUUCGCUCAGUGGAAGUGUGACGUUUACAUGUACAGAAUUCUUUCCAUAUUGUUGUAGUUUUGGUUCUUCUCACAGCUGACUUUGCCCCCACCCCAUGAAGCUUGUCGCCCGAGACACGCUAAAAUUUUCAUAUUCAGUCGCUUGCUUUUCUUGGCCUUUUUUAGGCUUUCUCUUGUUACCUUACUUUAUUUAGCCUUUAUUUAGCCAUGAAUCCACAAUGGGAUGCUAACAGGUUGUUAGCAUUUAGCCAUUUUACAUACCAGGUUUUAGGCAUUUAGUUGUGCAUCAUGCUAACAGGUUGUUAGCAUUCAGCAGUAUACCAACAAGAGAUGCUCGUAGGUUGUUAGCAAUUAUCCGUGCAUCCACAAGGGGAUGCUAACAUGUUGUUAGCAUUUAGCAUUAGCAUUAGUGAUGCUAACAAGUUCUUAGCAUUCAAAAAUGUGUCAACAAGGGAUGCUAGCAAAUUGGUAGCAUUGAUACGUGCAUCCAUAAGGAAAGCUAACAGGUUAGCAUUUAACAUUUAGCCAUAUGUCAGCAUGGGGGCUCACGGGUUGUGAAUAAGUCUUGACUACAUAAGGGAUGCUAACAGGUGUUUAGUUUUUAUGGUUCUGUGUGUGUGGUUACAGGAUGCUAACAGCUAGCAGAGAGAAAGAGGGUGAAGAAACGUAAUGCGACUGGGUUUGAAAAUGUGUUUGAAAAGUAUUUUUUGCUCACUUUGGUAUGGGGUGCAUUGGGGGGGUGGCCACUGACCUCCGAGCUCACACCACACACACACACAUACACACCAAUCAGUGAGAGAGAAUGACAAGCCAUAGCGCCCCAUGUUGGGGGGGGGGGACUCUAUUAGUAUAUUUAGCGAGCGUGAAGGCUGCAGACACAAGUCAACCUCAGGAAAAAAAGGUUUUUGUACAAACGGCCAUUAACCUCCCUCUUUGAUACCAUUGAACUUUUCUAUUUAUUAUCAUUGUUAUUAUUCUCCUUUUUCUUAUGCUAGUUGAGCUUUUUUCUGUGAUCGUGUUAAAAUGUCAAAUCAUUUGUUGAUUGAAUGAAGAGGACUGUCACUCUGCUGUCAACAAACCAAUGAUUGUUCUGAGCUUCUAUUUCUUACUUUAUGCGACGUCACUGCUGACGGCUUGUUUUUUUGUGCUUGUUACCUCCUGAGCUGUACAACACAAAGCUAAAUAUACUAAUAAAACUGUGUGCUAACUAGCAGGCUAGCAGUCUGUCAUCUUCACAGUGGAAUAACAAUAUCACUAUACUAUCAAUAUUUUCUUGAAAAUAUUGAUAGUAUUACAACUUUGAACUUUUUUUCCAACAACUUUGUUAUUAAAAAUAUUUGUUUUUUUCUAGUACAUACAAUAAGAUAAAUCUAUUUGUAAUACAUCAUACAUUUUAAAUACCAAUAAAAACACAAAAAUACCUCAUUCACAUGGUUGACAUUUUUCAGAAAUAUAACUUUAUUCUUACAAUAUGACUUUUUUCCACCAAAACAAUGCAAAUUUACACUUGUAAUACAAUUUUCCCCCCAAUUUUGUUUUGGACAUAUUUUGACUUUCUUCUAACUCACAAGUAUAUCCUUUCAAUAGUAAUUUUUUCCUAAAAAUAUAUACAUUUCUCCAUUGAUCUGGUUGUAUUAUGACGUUUUCUUGACACUACAAUUUUUUUUAAAUACUAUUUUCUCAUUGUCUUUUUUUCUAAAAUACAAAUACACAAUACUGUGAUAUAUGUGCUGCGGCCGAGUGGUUAGCAUGCAGGCCACAGUUUGCAUGUUCUCCCCAUGCAUGUGUGGGUUUUCUCCGGGUACUCCGGUUUCCUCCCCCAUUCCAAAAACAUGCUAGGUUAAUUGGCCAGUCCAAAUUGUCCAUAGGUAUGAAUGUGAGUGUGAAUGGUUGUUUGUCUAUAUGUGCCCUGUGAUUGGCUGGCCACCAGUCCAGGGUGUACCCCACCUCUUGCCCGAAGACAGCUGGGAUAGACUCCAGCAUGCCCCCACCCUAAGUGAGGAUAAGCGGUAGAAAAUGAAUGGAUGGAUGAAUAAUACACUGCUUCCAACUUGGAUGUUGGAUUCAACAUUGAUGCUUUAAACAAGUCAAAAUGAGGGUCAUUAGUGGGUGUGGCCUCCACAUGCCUGUAUGACCUCCCUACAACGCCUGGACAUGCUCUUGAUGUUCUCCUGAGGGAUCUCCACCCAGACCUGGACUAAAGCAUCCACCAACUCCUGGACAGUGGCUUUGGUAGAUGGACAUGAUGUCCCAGAUGUCCUCAAUUGGAUUCAGGUCUGGGGAACGGGUGGGCCAGUCCAUAACAUCAAUGCCUUGCAGGAACUGCUGACACACUCCAGCCACAUGAGGUCUAGCAUUGGCUGGCAUCAGGAGGAACCCAGGGCCAACCGCACCAGCGUAUGGUCUCACAUGGGGUCUGAGGCUCUCAUCUCUAAUGGCAGUCCAGCUACCUCUGGCGAGCUCAUGGGGGGCUGUGCGAACGUUCUACAUGGCAUCUCCAGACUGCCACGUCUGUCACAUGUGCUCAGUGUCAACCUGCUGCCAUCUGAGAAGAACACGAGGCAAGUUGGAUCCAACAUCAAAUAGGUCAGCCUGUAGUGUUUUUCCACUUUUAUUUGGGAUAGAUAGAUGUUAGAUGACAUCAAAUAUGAACAAUGUACAGCGUAAACAAUAAUUUGUACAAAUAAUUUAAAUAAUUUGGAAUAAAUAAUAAUUUAAAGUUUUGCGUGUGCAUGUGGGCAGGUAGAGGGCCUUAUUUGGCAUUCAGCAGUCUGAUGGCCAGGGGGAAGUAGCUGUCUCUAAACCUAGUUGUUCUACAGCGCAUGCUGCAGAGCCUUCUCCCCGACGCCAGGCGAGAAAACAGUCCAUGCUGGGGGUGUGUG